UACGUGGAUCACGUGCAAAAUUUGAGGGGAGAAAAUGAAGGAAAAUCAAACGGGUGAAAUGCAAAGAUCCAGCACGCAAUUGGUGACAUCCCAAUCAACUGAUAGUGUCAACAGUUGGUUCUCAGCACUGGACGUGCGAGCAGUAAAUUUUAACGUGAAAACAGGCAGUUUAUUCUUCACCAAAAAGUGAGAUGAAGAGUGCUGAAAGUGAUACAAUCGGUGGUGGGGAUGACAUCAACUUAAGCUCAACAGCUACCCUCCAUAGGCAGGAGGAUGGACCGAAGAAUGAUGAGUUGACGUGGAAAUUCUGGCAGAAGCGUCGGUACAUCUUGGUCUUUAUGGCAUUUCUGGGAUUCAUUAAUGUCUACGCACUACGUGUUAAUCUCAGUGUGGCGAUCGUGGCGAUGACCGAGCUGAAGAAUGUGACCCUUGAGAAUGGAACUGUGGUUGAGCAGGCAGAGUUUGAUUGGAACUCCAAGGAACAAGGACUUGUUCUGAGUUCCUUCUUCUACGGGUACAUCUGGACGCAAGUUAUUGGUGGGAUUAUUGCGUCCAAAAUUGGUGGACACUACGUGUUUGGUCUGGGAAUCGGGGUCACGGCCUUUUUCACUCUCCUCACACCUCUGGCAGCAAAGCUCAAUAUCUACGUACUCGUUGCUGUACGAAUUAUUGAGGGACUUUUCGAAGGCGUUACAUUCCCAUGCAUUCAUGCCAUUUUCAGUCGAUGGGCCCCAGUUUAUGAGCGAUCCCGCAUGGCGAGUAUUUCCUUUGCCGGAAGUUACUUCGGUACAGUAAUCGCGUUGCCACUUUCGGGACUCCUUGCUGUUCACUGGGGCUGGGAAAGUGUCUUCUACUUCUUUGGGGCAUUGGGGUGUGCUUGGUGUGUGGCGUGGAUGUUUAUAAUAAAGGCCAGCCCCGAAAGGGACCCGUACAUAACAGAAGCCGAGAAGGAGUACAUCCUCAGCAGUAUUGGUUCGCAUGAAAAGAAGAAAAUUAAGCAUCCUUGGAAGGCUAUUCUAACAUCAACAGCUAUCUGGGCAAUUGUUUGUUCGCAUUUUGCGGAAAAUUGGGGCUUCUAUACGCUCAUGACGCAGCUUCCGACUUUUUUGAAAGAUACAUUGGGCUUUGAUCUGGGAGAAAGUGGCUUUCUUUCGGGUGUUCCUUAUCUCACGAUGAGCUGCCUUUUAGCUCUUGGUGGAUACUUGGCAGACUGGACACAGGUUAAAGGGUAUCUAACAACAGGACAAGUCCGUAGAUAUUUCAAUUGCGCCUCUUUUCUUGCUCAAACCAUCUUCAUGAUACUAGCUGCGUACCUUCUUCAUCCAGCAUGGAGUGUAGUUUGCAUUACUCUUGCCGUAGGUCUCGGGGCUUUCGCUCUUUGUGGUUACAUGGUUAACCCUCUGGAUUUGGCCCCAAAUCAUGCAUCUGUGAUAUUUGGUUUCUCAAAUACCAUCGCAACCAUUCCUGGAAUUGUGAGUCCCCUUCUCACGGGCUUUAUCGUGGUCAACAAAAGUGAGAGCGAGUGGCAGAUUGUUUUCUACAUUUCAGCUGCUAUUUAUCUAUUUGGUUGCACUGUGUAUUGGUUCUUCUGCCGCGGGGAACUUCAGCCGUGGGCACAAACAUUCCACGAAGACACUCGAGAUCAAUCGUGUGAAAAUCCAGAGAAAAGUACCUGAUACGGGUGCGGGGUAUUGUAAAUCAAGCAUGGCACUAAUGAGGUAUUUUCAUUGAGUUACAGUGAUAAGGCGUAUUCGUAAGCUCUAAUAUAAUUGAGUUCUCUGCUGAUUGUCAUGCUUAUCAACUUUGAAGAGCCAUAAAAAUUAUAUAGAUAUGACUAAAUUAAUUAUAGGUAUAUGAUUUUGUGAUGAUGUGCACUGCGGAUUCCGCAAUAAAGAUUAAUCUGUAAAGCUUCAAGAAA